GGCCCGCCAGUUGUCUGGUGGCAUUCGUGGCGCGUGCAUCUUGCAAUUUCUCAGAGAUCGAUAUAGUUAGAGAUAUCCCAAGAAAACCCCCUUGAAGACGAGGUCGGGAGUAAGGAUCAAAUUGGAUUUCAUUGUGGCAACGUGAGGAUAAACGGAAGACGCUGUGGAGCUGCAAAGAGAGAAGGCGCUCGAAUUCUUCCGAGUCUUGACCUUCGUGCUGCUGUUCCUGAUCAUCUCCCUGUAUCUAUAUCGUUUCGCCUUCUAAAGGAUAAGCGCUGACUGCCCGGGGAACUUGGCCACAGCCGAGAUGCCCAAAUUACCAGCGGUUGGCAUUGAUCUUGGUACCACGUACUCGUGUGUCGGCGUCUUUCAGCAUGGCAAGGUGGAGAUCAUCGCCAACGACCAGGGCAAUCGCACCACGCCCAGCUAUGUGGCUUUCACGGAGUCGGAGCGUCUGAUCGGCGAUGCGGCCAAGAACCAGGUGGCCAUGAAUCCCAACAACACGAUCUUCGAUGCCAAGCGGCUGAUUGGUCGCCGGUUCGACGAUGCCACCGUCCAGUCGGACAUGAAGCACUGGCCCUUCGAGGUGGUCGCCGAGAACGGAAAGCCCCGGAUCCGGGUGGAGUACAAGGGCGAGCGUAAGAGCUUCUAUCCGGAGGAGGUGUCCUCGAUGGUCUUGACCAAGAUGCGUGAGACGGCCGAGGCCUAUUUGGGUGGCUCUGUCACGGAUGCGGUGGUCACUGUUCCGGCCUAUUUCAAUGACUCCCAGCGCCAGGCCACCAAGGAUGCUGGAGCCAUUGCAGGAUUGAAUGUCCUUCGCAUCAUUAACGAGCCCACGGCGGCGGCCAUUGCCUAUGGAUUGGAUAAGCAGGGCACCAGCGAGCGGAAUGUCCUGAUAUUUGACCUUGGCGGCGGCACAUUCGAUGUAUCCGUGCUGACCAUUGAGGAUGGCAUCUUUGAGGUGAAGGCCACCGCCGGGGACACUCAUCUGGGCGGCGAGGAUUUUGAUAACCGCCUGGUGAACCACUUCGUCCAGGAGUUCCAGCGCAAGCACAAGCGGGAUCUGGGCCAGAACAAGCGGGCAUUGAGACGCCUUCGCACCGCAUGCGAAAGGGCCAAGAGAACUCUGUCCUCCUCCACUCAGGCCAGCAUCGAGAUCGAUUCCCUGUUCGAGGGCGUUGACUUCUAUACCUCGGUAACAAGGGCUCGCUUUGAGGAGCUGAACGGAGAUCUGUUCCGAGGUACCAUGGAGCCGGUGGCCAAAGCACUGCGAGAUGCCAAGAUGGACAAGGGACAGAUUCACGACAUCGUCUUGGUAGGUGGCUCCACCAGGAUACCCAAGGUGCAGCGCCUACUGCAGGACUUUUUCAACGGCAAGGAGCUGAACAAGUCCAUAAAUCCCGAUGAGGCGGUGGCCUAUGGAGCAGCCGUGCAGGCAGCCAUCCUCCAUGGCGACAAGUCGGAGGCUGUGCAGGAUCUCCUCCUGCUGGAUGUCACUCCUCUGUCCUUAGGCAUUGAGACCGCUGGCGGAGUUAUGACCACGCUGAUCAAAAGGAACACCACCAUACCCACCAAGCAGACGCAGAUCUUCACCACCUAUGCGGAUAACCAGCCAGGUGUGCUUAUCCAGGUGUUCGAAGGUGAGCGGGCCAUGACGCGGGAUAACAACAGCCUUGGUAAAUUCGAGCUGUCGGCCAUUCCGCCCGCACCACGUGGUGUGCCCCAGGUGGAGGUGACCUUUGACAUUGACGCAAAUGGCAUACUCAAUGUGACUGCGCUGGAGAAGUCAACAGGCAAGGAGAAUCGCAUCACCAUCACCAACGACAAGGGUCGUCUCUCCAAGGAGGACAUCGAGCGGAUGGUCAACGAUGCGGAGUCUUAUCGCCAGGCGGAUGAGCAGCAGCGUGACCGGAUCAAUGCCAAGAACCAGCUAGAAUCCUACUGCUUCCAACUGCGCUCCACCCUGGAUGAUGAGCAGCUGAGCAGCCGGUUCAGUCCUGCGGAUCGGGAGACCAUUCAGCAGCGCUCCAGUGAGACAAUCACCUGGCUGGAUGCCAAUCAAUUGGCCGAAAGGCAGGAGUUUGAGCACAAGCAGCAGGAGCUGGAGAGGAUUUGCAGCCCGAUCAUCACGAGACUGUAUCAAGGCUCUGGAAUGGCUCCACCUCCGCCUCCCACCGGAGGCUCCAGUUCGGGGGCAACUGGCGGCUCUGGUCCCACCAUCGAGGAGGUGGAUUAAAGGAUUCUUGUUCGUUGAUUUCAAAAUUGUUUGUUAUCCCAAGAAGCUCGAAAAACCUUAUCCAAAUUAGGCCAAUUAUUACAAUCCUUUUUAGCUCAAAUAAAUUUAUCGUAUCAUAAAUCGUA